AGUACUGCACAAACCAGCGACGCGCGUACGCGUAUUGAAAGCAAGGCUGUUCCGUUACCGUUACGUUUUGUAGUAGUCGUCUCACGAAUACAUACACUAACAACUAAAAAGCACACACACUUACAUAUACAAAACGAAUUUCUAAGACUAACGCGCCCGCGCAUUGUAGCAAUAUAUCUUUUGGCUGAACACUGAACUCGCUGUCGACGCCGCUGUCAGCAACAACAACAAGACCGAGGCAAAAGUCUGCAACCAUUCAUUUUGGGUUUUGGAAAAGUGCACACAGAAAACAUUAAUUGGAAAUGCAGUACUCGAGCAGCUCGGAAAAUUACUCAUCCUCGAUGAGAGACACUCCAUCGAAAUGGAACGGACGUAACGACAAGAAUUAUGCAUACAAGAAGUCAUCGUAUCAAUACUCAAGUUCAAGCGACAAUAAUGCCUCGUAUCAGAGCAAGACACCCGAUCAGAACAUUGAUCAGUUGGAUGCUCUGCUGGAGGACCUGAAGCAGGAGCGUCAGAUUACCAACAGAGAGCGUGAUUCGCUGCCCACUGGCACCAGCUAUAGAACACUUGAACGCACUGAUCCUUCUGGCACUGUCACCAAGACAACGCGCGUGAUCAAGACAACGAAGCAUUCUGGCGGCCAGCAACCCUUCAACGAUGAUGUGGAAACCUUUAAUCCCAGUGACUACAGCACACUGCAGUCGACGGCCAAGUACUCCAGCUUUCAGGACACCUUAAAGCGUGACGAGUAUCUCAACAAGGAGAAGCCCUAUACGCUGGCCCAUUCCCCGAAUGGCGACUAUUCGAGCAGAACCAAGAUUUAUGAAAGCAAUCGCACGAUCAACAACAAUGUCGAGCUGGUGCCAACAGUGAACACCACACAGACCUUGACCAGCAACGUGAACAUUGACAAAGAGCUGCAGGAUAUAGCUUUGAGCGAUGGCAUUCUGCCUGCACCCGGCACCAAGGUGACUACCACUGUGCGCACUUAUACCUAUGAGAUCCCACCAAAUGCACCCGGCAGCACCAUCAGCACGAUCAAUCGCAACAACAACACGCUCAGCUACAAGCAUCACGAAACGCACAACACGAACACCAGCAGCCAGAACUACUCACAGUUGUCGCCAUCGCAUAUUCCCCAAACGGUUGUCUACAACACCGAGAGCUACUCGACCCUUAACAAACCCAACGAUCGUCCAUUGGUCACCAAUCAAUCGUACGAGAUUCGCGAGCACAAGGAGACCACCACACGUGGCGUGAGUCCACAGCCGCGUCAAUUGCCGCUGGGACCAGCUGGAAGUCCUCCAAAUGGUGGACCACCCAACAGCAGUCGCACCAUUGUCUACAACAUACACAAGACCGAUAAUGUAAACAACAUUGUAUCGGAGCCGCGUUAUCCACACAGUCCGGCCCACAGUCCCAACUAUGGAUCACCACAUAGCCCGGCACAGCCACAGUUGCCACCAGGCGGCACCAAUCGCUAUUAUUACAAGGAGACCGAGACAUCGAAUACAGUCAAUACCAUCCAUGGUCCACCCAAUGGUGGUGGUCCGUACCCGGUGGAACCUCCACAUCCGGCUCCGCUGAAGCUGCUGCCCAACAACAAUUAUCCACAACCACAGAAUGGCAAUGGUUAUCCACCAAAUACCACCAGCUACACAUAUAAAUACUCGUCCACAUCGAAUACCACAAACAAUCGUCGCGGUCCUGGUGGCCCAGACUAUGGCACCCCAUCGCCCUUCCCCGUGGAUGGUGUGGAAUAUCCGAUUGGCAAUGGCAAUCCACCACAGCGUGUGGACGAUCUGAUGCAGUCCUUCAACACUACCGAUCAUGUGGAUCGUGUGGACAUUGAGACACCAGUGCGCAAGCGCGAGAUUGAGACUGCAGUCGCGUCACCCCAGCAGCAGCAUGUGCCCUCCGUUAACAAGGCUGGCAAGGAGGUCUACUAUCCACCUGGCCACGACACCAUCAUCACCAGGCGCGAGGAAAUGCACGCUGGAUCUGCGGGAGGCGGUCGCUGGGCCAAGGGCUCAGGCAUGUACGAGUACGAGUCGGGAUCCAAGUCAAAGACGAAAACCAAGUCUGGAGGAGCUGUUGUGCCAGUGUGCUUGCCCCUCUGCUGCGCCAUGCCCUGCUCCAUCAUGUAAAGGAGCAUCGGGAAAGCGAAGUUCGCAUUGCAACGAGUCGAUUACACUUGUAUAUAGGAUUCUAAUAUUGCCGUUAAUAGGUCUAACGCUAAUUCCUGCCCUGCCCCAACCAACCCCUAAGUACAGCUUGUCGUUGAUAUUUCUAUUUAAUCUAAUCAAUUUUUUUUCGGUUCUCGCUUCUCUCUAUGAAUGCUCUUAUUGUUGUAAUUUGUUGACCAAAUUGAUUUAUAUACUUUACAUAUGAUAUAUAAUGUUUUACUAUAUAUAUAUAUUAUAUCGUUUCGUAUCGUAUGUAUAUAUAAUUACUAUUUCUAAACUAGGCAUUGCCUAACAUUUUGUUGGAUUUGGUAGUAGUUUUAUCCUAACACCUAGUUUUUGCUCCAAAUUUGAAAUGAUUUGCUCACGCUCUCACACGUUUUCUCCCUAUUGUCAAUCUCAAUCCCACUGAAAACUGAAAAGCAUUUAUAUUACAACGUGACCAGUGAAAAGCCUAAGCAAAGCAAGCUCCACAGCAGGCCAAUAUAAUUUUAAGUUUUUAUUUUGAAAGCCAAUUGUUUUAACUGUAUUUUGCAUACCAAACUAAUAAAUGAGCCACGGAAUUUAAUUCCCCACUCGCCAUAAUUUGUAUACAAGUAUGUGUGUUUCCCCUUGCCCCCCGCUCCCUUCUCGAAUAUUAUCUGUUACUAAUCAUUGGCCCUAAAAACGCGCCACGUACUCGUAAAUGUAACCCAGACUUAUCGUAAAAAGGUAACAAAUAGUCGUUACAAAGCCAUAAAUAUUCUCUAAUACACAAACGUAACCAUAAUAAAAAAAAAAAACGAAAUCUAACCAACGAAAUGAUAAAUUAAACUUUUAAUUGGUCGUCGUUUUGGGCUUAAUAUUCAUAGCAGUAUUGAUAGCAUGAUGGAUGAUGAAUAAUGAAUGAAUGAAUACCCGCAUUCAAAGAAAUAUAUACAGCUUAGUAGUUUGGUACAUAUAGUAAAAGAUUUAUUCUGGUAUAGUAAAAUGUAAUUUUUAUAAGUUUUACAUUUGGUAUUGUAUAUUAAAGUAUGGUAGGUAAUAAACACCCUUGCAGAGGGUGAUCAAAAUACUUUUUCUUUUAACUUGGCACACGAGUUUUAUAAAAACCGGUUGUCGGUCGGAUCGGAACACUAAAUAAAAAAAGAGAUUCUAUAGACUAAACAGUUCAAAUAGUUGCCUUCUCUGAUAUUCGAUUAAAAUGUACGCUUAAGGAUAUUAUGAUAGCCAAGUAUUAUUUGAAAUCGAAUGUUACCACAUCUUCUGCAAGGGUAUAUGCUAUAGAUUCGGUUUACCGAAUAUUCAAUGUAUUUUCUCUGCGUCUUUUCGUCGUGUAAUUAUCUUUUUUUGCUCGAAUAACAAUUUGUAUAUCACAAAAGUAAUAUCUACAUUUCACCUUGUAGGAAUUGGUGUAGAAUUUUUUGUCUAGUUAUUUAAAGAGAUUCGUUAAUAAAAAAAUGAUUUAGGGCAAAAACGGAAAAUCAACAAAGUCCACAUAUUCAUCGAGAAUACAUAGAAUAUUCAAUGGGGCUAAUAGUACUACCAAAAGUACAUAGUGUAAUUCUAUAUUAUUGACUGGACAUGCUACAUACACAAUAUGUGUGUCUAUUAUUCUUUGAUAAUUA